UUCCCCAAUCAUCUGUGCGGCGGCCGGCACGAGCAACGAGCUGAGUCCGACUCCGAAGAGCAGCAGAGUCACCGGGGCGAUCCGAUGGCGAAGGAGGGCGGCGCGGGCAAGCGGGAGGUGGAGGGCUCUCCGCCGCCGGAGGCGGAGAGCAUCGUGUGGAGAGAAGACAAGGAAAGAUUCGAGACGCCCGACGGCGAGGCCUUCCUCGAGUACCGCCUCCCGUCGCCGGCGGUGAUGGACAUGGUGCACACGUACGUGCCGCGGAGCAAGCGCGGGCAGGGGCUCGCCGCGCGCCUCUGCGACGCCGCCUUCGCCCACGCGCGGGGCCGCGGCAUGCGCGUCGUCCCCACCUGCUCCUACAUCUCCGACACGUAUCUGCCUCGUAAUCCGGCGUUGGAGGAGCUCGUGUACAAGGAUCAGGACCCCCAUCCCAAACCCAGCAGCAUGUAGGUUGUACGAGGAACAUCCACUUCACUCAAUCGAAGGCGCCAGCUGCUACUAAAUAAAGCAAAUACCCAGCUGAUACUGAUAGAACUGUGUGUAGUUCUGUGGCGCCUCUUGCGAGUCCUUGAUGUCAGAUGACACACUCUGGAUAUCUCCUUUGCUAACAAUCAUUUGAUUUCGGGAACAGAGGCUUCAGAUUCAUGUGUAACUUCUGCGACACCCGCUGAACCUGAAGGGGCAAAAAUAAACGUGCAUGCGUUUCCCAUCCA